GAUGCGACAGAAGUAUUGGACCUCAAUCGUGAAGAGUCACCUUCACACGUAGAACUUUUCGAUGUUCAUCGACAUUUUAUCUGCCGAGUACUGCAAGUAUCGCAUCAUCCCUCUGAUAAUAGUAUGAGCGUUGUGGGAGUGUUUAUCGGUAAACACCAAGUGCAAAAGGGUGUAGCAAAUGCUUCUAUGGAUAAGCCAAUUCAUUACACACCAUACUACCUACAUCUUCCCAGGUACCGUGACAGAUUACAUUGUCCAAAAGCUUUUACACACCUGCCAUGCAUUAAUCACACUAUAGCACAUGGUGAUACAACCCGAGGUACACAUCAAUUACAUCCGUUCUUGGAGCUUGUUCGGAACGGUUCUUUACUUGUGAGAAUAUUUCGUUCCGAAAUUUUGACUAUUCGAAGAAAGGAUUUGGCCAAGGGCAUGCAUGAUCUUGAAUUUACAAAUUCUUACGAACGCAUGAUGAUCACCGGAAUG